AUGGCAGUGAACUGCACUGUGUUUACUGAAUUUGUACUCUUAGGACUUUCUAGAAAUCAGGAUGUACAACGUGUGCUAUUUGUGUUCUUUCUCUUUGUUUAUGCCAUAACUGUGGUCGCCAAUAUAUGGAUGAUCUUGCUGAUCAAGAUGGACUCCAGACUCCACACUCCCAUGUACUAUUUCCUGAGCAAUCUGUCUUUCUGUGAUGUCUGUUAUUCCUCUACUGUCUCUCCCAAGAUACUGGCUGAUUUCUUAUCUGAGGAAAAGGUCAUCGCAUUUAAGUUUUGUUGGAUUCAGCUGUAUUUUGGAGAAGUCUUUGGUGAUGUGGAAUGUCUGAUGUUGGCUGUCAUGGCUUAUGACCGUUAUGUAGCCAUUUGCAAUCCACUUCUGUAUACAAUUGCCAUGUCCAAGAAACUCUGUACCCUGCUGAUUUUCCUCACCUACAUCAUGGGUUUAGUGAAUUCUACAGUUCAAACUUACUUAACAUACCAUUUGUCAUUCUGCAAAUCGAAUAUUAUCAAUCACUUUGCAUGUGACAUUCCUCCGUUGAUUGCUCUUGCCACCUCAGAUACAUCCAUUAAUGAAAUAACGAUGGUCAUACUUUAUACUAUGAUUCUGGGAUGCAGCAUCUUUACUGUCCUUCUCUCCUACUGCUACAUUAUAGUUACAAUCAUUAGAAUGAAGUCAACUGAAGGGAGAUACAAAGCCUUUUCUACCUGUGGUUCCCACUUAAGCACCGUGGCUCUCUUCCAUGGCACACUUCUAUACAUGUAUUUCAGACCGAGCUCCAGUUUCUCCACAGACAAUGACAAAAUGGCCUCUGUUUUCUACCUAGUUGUUAUUCCUAUGUUAAAUCCAUUGAUCUAUAGUUUAAGAAAUAAAGAUGUAAAAGGUGCUUUGAAAAAAGUUUUCAGCACAAAACUAUACUUCCUUAAAUAA